AUGCUUCCGUCGUUGUCCGAGCUGAUCUACUGGACAGGACUGACGGUGUUCGAGUUGUGGUUGCAUGUGGCUUCGCUCCUUGUCUUCCUCCUGAUUCUGGCAAGUGGAAUUUUGGAAUUUCGACCACUUAAACUGUAUCGAAUCUACGUCGUCUCCUAUUGGGUCGUGUUCUCUCCACUGUUCAUCGCCAGCGCCUUCAACUGCUACUUCGUUUUCAUAGUUUUCGUGAGAUCCGUGUUCGAGUACAAGGAUUUCAAAGGGCCGAUCCUGAGAUUUGGAUUCAAUGCGAUGCGCCUCGCUCUGAUCGCUUUGUUUGAAGUAUUGCUGUGUUACAAGGUUGAAGGUGAUUUCGAGCAUGGACAGGUAGCAGUACGUUCAUCCUAUGGCAUAGUAUUCACACCGAUUUGGAUCCUCUGUCUUGUCUUGUGUAUUCAGACGUGCAGACUCUUCUAG